CUUGGAGGUUGGUAAAUUGGUCGUUUCUUUCUUCUUCCCUCUUUUUGCGGCCGAGUUCUAUCAUUCUUCUCGUUUCUUAUUCGGAAAGUUGAGAAGGAAGACAGUCUGCGAGAGAUUGACUCGAAAGUGGUUGCCUUUUUGAAGCCCUGACCCAUCAAUCUCGAGGAUUUUGGAGGAUGGCUUCCAUGAAAACAGAGUUGAAAAAAGUUUGGCAGUUCUUAAGAUCAACAGAGUUUUGGAGGAUGGCGGUGCUGUGGAAUCUCUCUAUCCUCUAUUCUUACUUGGUGCUAUUUUUUGAAAGAUUUCUCUCUUUGUCUAUUAAGCACAGACCUGGAACCUCCUACUCCUAUGAAAGGGCUUCUUCUUACACCUCAGAAGACGUCGUGCCCCUUUGCGUUAUCACCGGUGCUACCUCUGGAUUGGGUGCAGCUGCUGCUCUUGCUCUUUCUAAACGUGGUUUCUACGUCGUUCUUGCUGGACGGUCAAGGCAUUUGUUAUUAAAGACAAUGUCAGAGAUAAAAAGGCAGAAUGAAAAAGCCCUUCUUAAAGCUUUUCAAGUCGAUCUUUUAUCUGUUCAGUCAAUCUUGGACUUCAAGAAUUCCCUUCAGCUUUGGCUCCAAGGCUCUAAGAUGCAUCCUUCAUUGCAACUUUUGAUUAAUAACGCCGGGAUAUUGGCAACGUCAUCUAGAUCCACUUCUGAAGGCUAUGACCAGAUGAUGGCUACAAAUUAUGUUGGCCCGUUCUUUUUGACUCAAAUGUUAUUGCCACUCCUGAAGAACAGCCCUUUUCCAUCUAGGAUAGUGAAUGUCUCAUCCUUCACACAUAGAUGUGUUUUUGAUGUUCAGGUUGACGAGGAUACCAUAUGUGGAAAGCGCUUCGUGGGAUUGGAUCAAUAUCCAUGUGCUAGUAUCUAUGAGUAUUCUAAAUUAUGCUUACUGCUGUUCUCCUAUGAGCUUCACCGAAAACUUUCCUUAGAGAACGGAUCUAAUAAAGUAACAGUCGUUGUUGCGGAUCCUGGAGUAGUCAAAACAAACAUCAUGAGAGAAGUUCCUACAUAUCUUUCUAGGGUAGCAUUUACAGUAUUGAGGCUUUUGAGGCUUCUACAGCUACCUGAAGAUGGGGUCAACUCCAUUUUGGAUGCAGCCUUUGCAUUACCUGAAACAUCUGGUGUUUACUUUUUCGGCGGAGACGGUAGGACGGUCAAGUCUUCUGCUUGGUCAUACGACACAAAACUUGCCAAGGAGCUUUGGGCGAUGUCGUCUAAUCUGUUCUUGAAAUCCCAGAUUGCUAUUGAGGGAGGAACUUGUUCUUGAAUUUGACCAUGGAGUAUGUCAGUUCAAAUAGCUUCAUGUUUAGCUCAUUGUCAAAAUUUAUGAACUUGUAAUGCAACCUACUUGAGGUCAUUUUUUUAAGUUCGUUUAGGUGAUGGAACCUUAGUAUUAGGAAAGGUAAUAAGUGUCUUAUAUAUCGAAUUAAUUUUAUUUGUUGUAAUGCGUCAUGAGUUGUAAAUCUCAAGA